CCGGAGACCCGCGCUCACUUGUGCCGGAGACUAGAUCCCGCGGAGCCGCGAUGGGAGUCGCCGCGUCCAAGUUUCAAGCCUCGCUGUCUGCAGACUCGUCGCGCUAGCACGCAGCGGACCAGAGGCUCUCUGCGGAGGCGUUUCUCCCCGCGGCAUGUUGAAGGUUGUGGGAAGCCGGGUGUGAUCACAAAAUCACUUCUCCAGCUGCUCGUACAAAGGGAACCACGGAGCAACUACUUUUGCUGCCUGAGAGUUGGAUGUCAGAGAGGAGCAGCCGCAGACAGGAUGGAUCACUUCGCAGCCGAGUGCCUUGUUUCCAUGUCCAGCCGCGCGGUCGUUCACGCGCCCAGAGGCACCCGAGAGAUCAAGCCGGAGCUCGCGUCCUCCUCCUCCUCCGCCAGGAGCGCAGAGGAGGUGAAGGAAGCCCUGGUGAAGGACAACUCCUCUCUGUAUGUGGUGGCGCGGAUCCUGGCGGAUUUUAACCAGCAGACUCCCAACAACAACAGCGGCGCGGCGGAGCCGGCGAAAGUGAAGGACGACGAUGAUGAUGAUGGAAACUCUGCCACACCUUCCACCAUCUGCGAGCCUCUUCUCAAACAAAGAGGCAGGAGAUCGAGAGGUCGGACUGAGCCGGAGUCGCCGCAGAAAAAGCACAAAUGCCACUAUUCAGGUUGUGAGAAAGUUUAUGGCAAAUCCUCCCACCUCAAAGCGCACCUGAGGACGCACACAGGUGAACGGCCGUUCCCGUGCACCUGGCCCGACUGCAGUAAGAAGUUUGCUCGCUCCGACGAGCUGGCGCGCCACUACCGCACCCACACGGGGGAGAAGAAGUUCGGCUGCCCGCUCUGCGACAAGCGCUUCAUGCGCAGCGACCACCUGAUGAAGCACGCCCGCCGCCACUCCGACUUCCAGCCCGCCAUGCUGAAGAGGCCCCACGGCAGCGAUGGCGCCACGCGACCCAGCUCCCUCAGCGACUACAGCCGCUCCGACGCCUCCAGCCCCACCCUCAGCCCCGCCCUCAGCCCCGCCAACUCGCCUUAAACUGGAACCCAGUCGCACUUUCUGCCUCCCAAGCCGCGAGGCUCUUGUUUUCGUCAUAACACUCGUGUUGCACAGCCGUCCGCGACCGCCCCACCCCUCGCUUCCCCUGCGCUUGCUGUGGUGUACUAUACUGUACAUAAGUGCUUAUUGUAGUGCAAUGACUCGUGUGAUCCUACAAGAAGGUAACGCCUUCCCCUCCUUCUCUACCACAUGUCUGUACUUCGGAAGCUUCUGACCCAUCAAAUGAAUAACAGCAGUCAGAGGGGAACACAGACGCUCUCAUCAGUUGUACACCUUUUUGUUUUUCUUUAAGAAGCGGGGUAAACACACACUCACACACCUCAGGAUUGAAGACAAUUGCUUUUUCUGUUCUACCACAGUACGUUCCAGUACUCACAUCAACUGCACAAUAUACUCUUCACUUUACUCCGGAAUUCAACAGCGGUUGGAUUUUGCGCCCUGCUCAGGGAUGGCCUUGUUAGCUUGAAAGGACGGCGACGGUAAACGGAGGGAGAGAGAGAGACAUACAGUACAACUAUAUCAGCCUUACACUCCACGUAAUUUGCACUCUGUGUUUUGUUCUGUCAAGUACCCUGGAAACUACUCAGCCAAACCCUCAAACGUCCGUCGAACUUCGCAGCAACAGACGUCAUCGUGUGUUUUCUUGUUUUGUUCACGCCCGAGGUUCGUUCGUCGGCAUCGCAUGAGGUCGGCUCGACUUUAAAAUAAAAUGUGGACGGAGGUUUCAAAGCAGCGGUUGAUGCUCUCCCAGACGUGCGAUGCACAUCAGUUAGCGUUUGUAAAUAUCGCCGGGGCUGCACAUGAUAUGGAAACAAGGGCUCUUUAAAACACUCCUUCACCACAAAAUAACAUCUCGAUGCUGAAUUAUUUGUGGCAUAAAGCAACAGUUUUUGCAAAAAUAUGAGGUCUAAAAAGCAACAAUAUCUGUGUGUGUGUCACAAUGUAAUGCAUCUCACUAGGUUUCAAUAUGCUAACGCGGCUGUAAAGUGUAGUUACUCAGGCGACAUGUUUGGAUGGAAAAAUGAAACAAUAUAAGCCCCAGUUCAGUUUAAAUUGUGGCACCAGUUUUCGGCACUCAAGAGCUACAGCAAAACCUUCUAUUGCCGUCCGGUUGAACCACCACACUAGGCUUUGCCAUAUUGGGUUCAACAGUGGCCCCUGUCUGAAGCACAUCCGAGCACCAAAGAUGAUGGUGGAUUUUGUCUCGUCGAAGACAAUGUUGCUCUCUGGACACCCCAGAGCAGAACAGGGAGUGAACGCUGCUAUCGACUGGGGGCAGCUUCAGAUAAAAGAGGAGUGGUUUAUCACGCGCGGCGCAGCUCAGACGAGGAGACGCCGCAGUCACCUGACCACAACUACCUACACACAAGCACAGACGGUUGGGACCUCAUCAACAGCUGCUUUUAAACUUCUCGUGUUAGCACAGAUGACCAACAAAUAUCGUCCGACACGACACGCCUGGAAACGUCAGCGCACAAAGUCGCGCACGGCCGCAGCGCCGCUAUCAUAACGGAUGUCUGCGUUGGGCUGUGUGUACAGUUUCAUCCAGUCAACCAUCAAGAGUUUUGCAUGUUGUAGCGUCGGCCCUCGGGCCCCUGCAGCCUCAUGCUUCACACUACACGCAUGUUAACAAGUUCAGGCUGAAAGCUUGCAUCUGGGUUUGGAGUGCAUCUGGCAGGUGUACCAGCAUGAAUAGCAGCCCUUGUCCCACCACAGCAGCCUUUCAAAGACACCAAGAAUCAUCUCGGUCACAUCCUGAAGCAAAAAAAAAAAAAAAAAAACACCCCACCUGAUGCAGUAUUUUCCUCACAACACCACAUUUCUUUCAACCAGGCUGCAAAUGACACUUUGAAUGCCACAAAUCAGCAGCUCUCUGUGAAAACAGCACCGAGAGGCUAAAUACCAUUUAUUCUCUUCAAUUUGCUGUUGAGCAGCUUUUCUAAAUCUUUUUUUUUUAUUUGUAGUAUAACUUGCUAAAGAAAAAAAAAAAGAAAAAAACACCCUCCAGCAGGUUUCAUCAGUCCAUGAUCUGCACAUUUACCUCAGGGUCGAUUUCCACAUGAAAAGCAGGUGUGGGACAGUUUUAGUUGUCACAUGCUGCACAGUUUCUGGUCGCCUGGUGCUCACUGCUGGUCAGUGCCCGACCACACUGGAAACACACCACUGAGAAGGGCCAUGCCAACAUAGCCUAGCGUUUAGAAAGACGGGUGCCUCAUGCCGACCGCGACUCGCGCGCGUCUGAACAGCUGCUGGCUGUUUUUGGUACGACGGGUACGGUUGGAUAACCCAUGGUUUGGUAAAACCAAAGGGCGCCAUCUGCUACUGGCUCACAACUGCGACAGGCCACACAUCAGCGCAACAGUCAUGUUAGCGUUGUGCAUGUAAGGCAUCGGUUGGCAUCAGUUGAAUCGGUCGGCAUCAGUUGUCGUCGGUCGGCUUCAGUCGGUGUUGGUCAGCAUCAGUCAGUGUCGGUUGGCAUCAGUCGUGUCGUCGGCGUCGGUCAGCAUCAGUGGGUGUUGGUCAGCAUCAGUCGUCAUAGGUCGGCGUCAGUCGUGUCGUUGGCAUCGGUCAGCAUCAGUCGGCGUCGGUCAGCAUCAGCCGGCAUCGGUCGACAUCAGUCGGCGUUGGUCUGUAUUGACAUCAGUCGGCGUCGGUCGGCGUUGGUCUGUAUCAGUCGGCAUCGGUUGACAUCAGUCGGCAUCGGUCGACAUCAGUCGGCGUCGGUCGGCGUUGGUCUGUAUCGAUAUCAGUCGGCGUUGGUCUGUAUCGACAUCAGUUGUGUCGUCGGCGUCGGUCAGCAUCAGUGGGUGUUGGUCAGCAUCAGUCGUCAUAGGUCGGCGUCAGUCGUGUCGUUGGCAUCGGUCAGCAUCAGUCGCGGUCGGUCAGCAUCAGCCGGCAUCGGUCAGCAUCAGUCGGCGUUGGUCUGUAUCGACAUCAGUCGGCGUCGGUCGGCGUUGGUCUGUAUCAGUCGGCAUCGGUCGACAUCAGUCGGCGUUGGUCUGUAUCGACAUCAGUCGGCGUUGGUCGGCGUUGGUCUGUAUCGACAUCAGUCGGCGUUGGUCUGUAUCAGUCGGCAUCGGUUGACAUCACUUGGCGUCGGUCGGCAUCGGGCACCUGCUAAUUUUUAGGUGAACGCCCCUUUUUUUUUUAUAAAGUGUCUGCAACAAUCACAACGACAACAGCACGACUGUGACAGUGUAAAUAUAUAUAUAUAUAUAUCUCGCUCCAUCCGUCUUUUAGAACUCUCACUGUACCAAACUACUUGAAAACAAAAAGGCCAUUGAACACAGUUUGUGCAUUUUCACUGUUUGUUGUCAAAACCAUCUCUGGAAGAAGGUGAUCUGUUUCCCAUCAAAUCAUUCAGGCAUAUACUUUUUUUUGGUUUCACUUUUUUAAACACGAUUCCCGCCCUGUUUCGGGAUCCACCUCAUCAACCAGUUACACUCUGAUGUCAAGACGCAGGACGCGCCAAUCGCCCUGCGUCCACAACUCCUCCAGUCACAGAAAUAACAGGACGUUUCAGGGUGACAUGUAGAAAAAGGAAACCUCCUGACCUCUGACGCGUGUCAAUGUUAUUUUAGACGAUUUACUCCGGUAGAGAUAGCGACGUAGUCCCACUUUAUAUUGUUUAAAUGUACUUUUUUACCUCUUUGGAAACUUCAUAUCUUCGCAAGAUCAUCCGUCAUGUAGCUUGUGUUUGAGUAGCACAAACGUUGGGUGGGUCGUCGGCCAUACUUGAAUGAAGAGCGCGAGAGUCUGUGAACGCAUCACUGGGCUUAUGUUUAUGAUCAUUUCCCACGUUGUCAGGGUUAAACUUCUUAUUGUGGUGAUCCCCGCUGAGCUUCUGUGUGUCUGCGCGGGCUUGUCUCCGCUACCAAACCCCUAAUCCAACGUUAUGGUUAUAAUCUGGGCCAGAUUACUGAGCGACAGCUGCGUGGAGUUUUUGCAAAAAAAAAGAUAUAUAUUGAACGGAUCGUCGAGGAGUGCGUAACUAACAUGGCUGUAAAAAAGCCACACGGAUGAUUGACGUGUGCCAAACUUAAAAGAAUCUAGCGGUGACACCAAUGUUGAAUCAGACGUUGUACAGUUUUUUAUGAAAAAAAAAAAAAAGAAGAGGAAAAAAAAAGUGAUUUAAAAAUGUCGUGUACAGGUUUUAAUGAAGCAACGCUGCGUAUUUAAUAGGCAAGUGUUUUCAUUUGUUCUCCUCCUGCUUUAUAUAAACAUUGUUUUGGUUGUGUAGGUCUUUGUUUGGUUCUUGUUAUUUAAUUAUUUUCUGUUUUUGCUGUACAUAACAGGAGCAAUGUAUGACGGCUUGCAUCGCAGGUAUUUUUGAUAUAAACAAUCUAACUGGACAUGAACAGCCGACCAUUCCAAAGGACUGACAUUUUGCUCUCAAUGUGCUGCUCUCACCGUCCCAGUGACUCAAUGGUACAUGUCUCAUCUUAAACAUUCCCGGGGGGGUUUCCCUUUCCAUUUCGGACCAACCCCGCAGAGCGUGUCGGCCCCGCCCCCUGCUGACGGGAGGGAUGGCCGAAAAAGGACGUUACCAAAGGCUAUGUAGGGAGAGAAAAAAAUGAAUGUUGCGGUAACUUUUAAACCCGUUUUUGACUGGGAGGGUUUAAGUUUUACUCGCUGUCGUUGAAGGUUGUGCGGAAAUAUGGACCUUUUUUUUCUAAAAAAAAUAAAUAAAUAAAGCAACUUGAAUGAUAAAAGAGAAAUGAAUGAGUUAACAUGGAAUGAAGUCAUAAGUUGGUUCCUCUUUGAAGAAGCUAGCAGUAGCUUUGGUGGCAACAAACAGCAGGCAAAAUUCUCUGACCUAAACACGGUACUAAGCUGAACCAGAUCGAGAACCUUAGAGACUCUACUGGUCUGGAAUGUUGCCGCCCUGGUGACCAAGUGGCUGCCAGCUUCUUCCCAGUCCCCGUCUGUCCUCCCCGCUCUCUGGAUACCUCUGUGUGUGGACUGUCUCCGCCCAUCACCAUCAGUUGCCUGUUGUAGUGACUCCAAGGUGCCGCGCCUCUCCGCGGCACCAGCUUCCCUGUAAAGUGACUCUGGACUCAGCUCUGGCCAGUACAUUCUCCUGCGACCUCACGCUCCGUCCACCCUCCAGGUGUCGUCUCCUCCUCAGCUUUCUUCGCUCCUCUCAGCAAACCAAAAUCACUACACUCAAAAGUAUUACAGCUGUACAGUUUCCUGGGAUCCCACACACGGCUCAUGUGCUGGUCUUAGCUGCUCUGCUGUACCUUUUUAUGGCAUUAUUUUUUACAUGUUAGACGAUAUAUUGUGACCAUGUCCUAUGCAAAUAUGAGAAAUAACAAAUUGUUUAAAAUAAUGUAUGUUGUCAUAACUUGUAUGCAUGAUAUAGUGAAGUUUACAUUUGGAAAUAAAUUCGUAAAGUACGCUGCUA